AUGGCACUUUCCCGCCACUCCCUCCUCGUGAUCCUUCUUCUUUUCCUUUCCCACAGCCAAACUUGCAGCACGCAAGACCCCCCGAGUCUCAGCAGUUAUGACUUUGACUUCCUGACCCACCUCAACUGGGACCCAGCCGCAGCCAGCACCUUCGACCUUGUCGAUAGCGCUUCAAUCCCAGCAGCAACCGCAUCAGGGGCAGAACUACACUCCAACUUCUCCUCCCCCGAGCUCGACUUCAACCUUGACCUCGACCUCGCACCUUGUCUCGACGCCUUCUCCACGCCUCUCUUCAAUGAGAACAACAACCUCAAUCACAGCAACGACAGCAACAACAACUUCUUCCCCUUAGCAGCACCAGCCUCUCUACCAAUCCCCCCCCUGAGCUCAACCAGCACAUCGCUCACCAAUACCCCCGCCACCACCGACCUCCAAUCUCCUUCACCCACGCCGCCCAGCCCGGACAGCGGGGCCCUUCUCCAUCCCGGUCUCAAGUUGCCGCAGGCAAAGGCCCAUCCUUCCAAGCCGGGACGUCGGCCGGCAGGAGCGAGGCUCUCGCACACCACCGACGGGCGCGUCACCAAGCGCAACAACCAUCAUGGUGCCGCAACGGUCUCAUCCUCUGCCUCGUCGGCGGUGGCUGCAGCAGCGCUCCAGCAGCAACAGGAAGCCAUAGGAGAUGAAAUCGACCCAGAAGUCAUCGACCGGCGGCACGCACACUCGCGGCCAAGCGGUACCGCCAGAAGAAGAUCGACCGGAUCGAGGAGCUGGAGGGCGAGGUGA